GCAAUGACGUUACUCGAGCCGGAGAGUAAACGCGAGACGUUCUCGGAAAGGAUAUAACACUUCACAUGGGCCUGGUAUACGCUUCCCAUGUCCACUGGGGGUCUCGCCCUUCUUCUGCACCCGAAGAACCAGCCGCACACGUUCCCGGGCCUCUUGACGAUUGGGAAAAUCUUCUACAUUGCCGAGCUCGUCUUCUUUGCAGCCAUAUCAUGCGCCAUCACGCACCGCUUCCUGCGGCGCCCUUUUCUCGUAAAAGCCAGCCUCACGCACCCGUCCGAGAGCCUCUUCUUCGCAACGUGCUUCCUCGCGCUGGCCAGCGUAAUCGGCGGCAUGCAUCUCUACGGCGGCCCCGUGUGCGGCCCAUGGCUUGUGACGGCUUUCCGUGUUUGCUUCUGGAUUUACUUUGGCGUUACGUUUCUCGUUGCCUGUUCCUCGUACUAUCUGCUCUUCUCGAGCCCCGCGCUCAAGAUCAACGAUAUGACGCCCGCGUGGGACCUCCCCAUCUUCCCGUUUAUGCUCUCGGGUACGCUGGCGUCGAUCGGUGCGGGCGCAAUGCCGCUGGCCAGCCAGACGGUUACCAUGAUUGUGGCGGGCUUGACGGCGCAGGGCUUGGGCUUGCUUGUCAGUGUGAUGAUGUAUGUCAUGUACGUGCAUCGCAUGAUUGAAUGGGGAUUCCCCAGCCCAAAGACUAGACCGGCUAUGUUUAUUGCUGUUGGGCCACCGGCCUUUACCGCUCUGGCUAUCAUCGGUAUGGCAGAUGCGUGGCCAACGGAUACGACGUACUUUGGUGAAGACGGACAGGCAACAGCGAACACGAUGAAAUUGCUGGCAGCCAUGGUGGCCGUGUUCAUAUGGUGUCUCGCGUUCUGGUUCUUCUGCAUAGCCGUCAUUGCGAUUGUGCUCGUGGCCAAAGAGCUCACCUUCCAUCUCAACUGGUGGGCGCUGGUGUUCCCGAAUGUCGGCUUUACCAUUGCCACCAUCAAGAUUGGGUCGGUGUUUUCGAGUACCGUUGUGGGAUGGGUCGGGAGUAUCAUGACAGUAGGUAUCUCGGGCACAUAUCUGUUUGUGCUCGUCAUGUGUGUGAGGGCGGUGCUGGCAAGACAGAUACUGAGCGAGGGCAAGGACGAGGAUACGUAUUUCCGCGAGGAAAAGCCCAAGGAGAGGAGACAUUAGAGAUGGAGUCAGAGGAGGAGAGAUGC